GGAUGUCUGACGUCAUAUUACUGGGACGAAGCUGUACGAGGACAUGACUCGUUGAGUAACCGGUGUGGGUGCAAACGUCCCGUGAAUAAACCCACUCUCCAUUUUCACAAUGUUGGCUUGUCAACGGGGCUUGGCCGGCAGUAUCACCUCCGCUCUCCAGGUUCUUCGCAGCGAUCGAGUCGUUGUUUGCCGCCAGCUGCAGAGACGUCUGUCCACACAAACGGACGGAGAGGUCCGCAUCGCAGAGGUACUGAAGCAGAAGUUUCCGUUAGCCUCGUCGCUCAAAGUUGUGGAUAUAUCAGGUGGUUGUGGGGCUAUGUAUGAGAUCCAUAUAGAGUCCAGUGAGUUCAAAGGAAAAAGGACGGUGCAACAACACCAGUUAGUCAAUCAGGCACUCAAGGAUGAGAUUCAAGGAAUGCAUGGACUGCGAAUAUUCACUGAUGUUCCAAAACCUUAGAGCAAGUCUUUCCACUAUUGACCCACAGCUUAUUCCUUUGUUCACUCUAUCUGUUAUGAAUGUACAGUUUUAAUGAGGAUAUUGUGUAUUAAAUGGAUUCCAUGAUAA